AUGUGGGACCACCACACGCAGGAGCGCCGCCGCCUAGUGCGGCCUCCAUGGCGACCUGCGGCGAUGGAGGGAGCCUAUGACGAGGAGGAGGAGGACGAGGAGGAUUCGUCGGAGGAGGAGGAGGACGAGGAGGACGAGGGGUGCUGGGCGCACUGCUGCGGGGAGUGCGUGCGGUGGCAGCGCGUGUGCGCGGCGCUGCUGGCGUUUACGAUCAUCACCGCGCUGCUAUACUCUCUCUUCUCCGCCGCUGAGAUUCUCCCCUCGUCGUUGAGUCUCGCCAUGUCAGCUCCGGAGCAGACGUCAUCCAGUCAGCCACUCAUCAGUGUGGAGCCAUCAGCCCCCGACAGCCUUGCGCUUGGAACCAUGUUCCCCCCGCUCGUCCCCAACGCGGCGCAAGCGCAGCAGGCGCAAGAACAGGCGCAGCAGGCGCAAGAACAGGCGGAGCAGGCUACAGACGCGCCUCAAAAGAUGCCUGUGAUUGGAAUAUCCGCAGUGGGUCAGGGUGAGGUACCCACUCCAGCAGUGGCUUCACAAUUGCGGCAACAACCGCCGCAAGAGCCGCCGCUAAUGGCAGCGCGGGUUCCGCAGCAGCAGCAGGUGCAGGCGCAGCUGCCAUCGCAAGAGGCGGAGGCGGAAAUGGAGAUUCAAGCGCAGGCGGAGGUAGCGGCGGGUACUUUGGCGCAACAGCCAGUGCAACAGUCGGCGCAGCCUGCCCCUCAGGCGGAGAUCGUUUCCCUUCUGGACACGCGCGCUGCGCGCACCUCCGCGCGGCUAGGCGGACACGCGCUGGGGGGAUGUGGAAAGACAUUCCCGCUCGCCGCCGAGGGCGCACCGGGCGGAGGGCAGCACCGCAAGGUGAAACUCGACGACUGCAACCCCGCCCCCGCCGCCGUUUCCGCUUCCGCUUCCGCCUCCGCCGGUUCCGCCGCGCAGAUCCCGCCAUCAGAUGCGCCCGUUGACGUGGCGUUUGAUGAUUCGACAGAUGUAACUGUUCCGGGCGUUUCAUCUCUGGGGGAAAGCAAUCCGGGACAGCAGCAAGAUGAGGAAGGGGGGGCAGCGCAGGCUGAACCAGAGGAGGAGCAACAGCAGAUGCAGCCGCAACAGCAACCCCAGGAGCAGCAGGAGCAGCAGCAGCAGCAGCAGCAAGAGAUGCAGGUGCAGUUGGAAAAUACACAGCCUCUCCCAGCUGCCACUGUCCCUGCUGCUGCUACUGCUCGCGUUGCUAAUGCCGGUGCACCUGGGCUCACCAACAGCGCUGCAGCAGCAGCUGCUGCUUCCACCAACCCACAUCCCCCCAACUCUCCGUUCUCCUCUUCUGCUAACCCCUCCCUGUCCUCCGUCUCCUCCGCCUCUGCUGCUGCUGCUGCUGCUGUCACCACUCCAGCCCAACGGCCAUCGCAACAACGUUUUCAGACAAGUCAACCCGAUCCAUCCCAGAGCAUAGGGGUAGGUCCUGGCGGUCUAGCAGUGGGUGGAGCAGGCACUGCAGCAGUGAAUGCUGCAGGCGGUGGUGUAGGGGGUGCUGUUUCCGGUGCUUCCUGGCCUGCAGAGCCCCCCCACACCUUCCGUGGCUCGCCCUCCCACACGCUACCGCAGCUACAGCAGCCACAGCAGCAACCACAACAGCAACAGCCGAUGCAGCAGCAGCAGCAGCAACUGCAACCGCAGCAGCCGCAGCAGCAGCUGCCACAAGUGCCGCCAGUGACCAGAGAACCAGAGCCACUGCCACCCCAGCAGCAGCAGCAGCCACAGCAACAGCAGAGGGCGAGGGGCGGGCGAGGGGAGGAGGGAGACAGCAUGAUGGCAACGGCGUUCCGAGCGUGCAUCGACCACACGCGCGUGCAGAGAAUGGCGGAGCAUUCGGGGUGGCCAUACCUGCUGGUGCGGGGAGCGCAUGUGGGGUACACGCGGCAGCAGGAGGCGCUGCUGCGGGCGCUGUGGGUAGCAAGGGCGACAGGGUCGGUGCUGGUGCUGCCGGCGUUCUAUAAGAGCUUCGCCACACACCCCUCACAGGAGACAAGCCUAGAGCAAUUCUUCAACGCUCAGUACCUCAUCACACAUAUGUACUGCUCUUCAGAGGUGUGGGCAGUGCAGUCUCUCCCUGCCAGCGUGCAGGAGGUGCUUCCAGCGGGCGCCAGUGCACGCAACGUGGACGCCAUUCUCGCAGCCCCGGGCUCCAAGGCUCUGAGCGUGCCCCCCGAGAUAGUGGCAGGCAGCGCUGACAUGAACAACCCCGCGCUGCUGCGCUGGCUUGAGACCGUGCGACAGGAGACAACCAAGGGCAAGGUGCGACUACUGGUAUACGACACAGACCUGCCACUGCCCUUGGCAUCGCCGGACCAGCAGCGCUUCAAGAAGAACGGGCUGGCAGCGCUGCGAGCCUCAGCAAACGUGAGCGCCAUCAUCACGCACCUACUGCACCGCCUGCGCAAGGCCUUCCAGGAUCGCCUCGGAGGCGACCUUUCCCAGUUCCAGUUUGCUGCCCUGCAUGUUGGAGAAGAUUCUGCCGGUGCUGCUGCUGCUGCUGGGCUUGGGGAUGGCGGCAGCGGUUUGGCCGGUGCGGCUGGUGGGAAGAAUGGCAGCAGUUCAGAGGCUGGCGGGGAUUAUUUCGAGAGCAGGAGUGGUGGGGUUGCUGGUGGUGGUGCUGAUGGGGACAGCGGGAGCGUUCUAGCGGCGAUUCGAGAGGCUCUUCUAGCCAAUGUGGAUCCUUCGCAGAUGCUUCUUUAUGUCACGGUGGGUCGAUCUAUGGAGCACAAAACAGUGCUGCAGGAGCUACAUGGAGCGUACCACGUGGUUACAAAAGACAUGCUCAUUCCCAACAUCAGCCGCAGAUUCCCGUCGCAUGAAAUGCAGGCAGCGUUUGAGCAAGGAGUCGCCAAGGAGGCCUCGCUCUUCCUAGCUCCGUCCACGUCAGCAUUUUCGGGGUUUGUCUUCCAAUCACGGCCACAACAAGAGCCACCGCCAGCUCUUGUCCCUGCUGAAUCCAGCUCGUCUGAGGAAUCUCCUGAGGGCGGCCAUGGUUCCGGUGAUGUCGCUGGAAGCACAGCAGCGGCAAAGGCGAAGGAGGUUGAAGUGGAGUGGCUGGAAGCUUCUCAGAUCCGAUUCAGCCAGUCGACUAUUUGCGAGGCGUUCUCACGCCCACCAGCCAAGGCAGUCGCGGAUGCAGCACCGGAGCAGAAGAGCUAUGCACGUGUUGCUGCAGCUGCGCCCAGAAGCAGCAAGUACACAGUCCUUGAUGCAGUGCGAGACCUCAACGAGGGAACCAGCAAGAUUGAAGACUUUCCACCAAUCCGAGUGGUGGAGCAGGACGGCCUACUCUUCUCUCUAGACAACCGCCGGUUGUAUGUCUUCAAGCUGUUUGGAACCACUGGGUUGCGCGUGCCUGUGCGCCGAGUGCCGGUUGAUAAGGAGCUGUUUCAGAAGCUCACGUGCACGGGCGUGGGGGAUGCGAGGGGGAAGACGGUGCAGGUGCUGACGGAGGAGGAGGCGAGGGAGGUGGGGAAGGUGCUGCAGCUGGAGCAGCACGUGCUCAAAUGGAGCGUGUCGGAUAUCAUGAACGAUUACCUGCUCGUUAGGAAGGUCCGGCCCAUACCAGACAAGUUCCAAAACAUCCGCUCGUACCUGUCUGCCUUCCGGUGGCCCCUGGUGGAGGAGUGCCGUGCCAGCCUCAAGUCCUCCCUGGGGCAGCUGUCCUCAUCGACUCCCAUGCAGAUAGACAUUCACAAGGUGGAGAGGCUGGAUGGGUAUGUGGCAGGCGCGGAUGAUUAUGAUGAGGAGGACGAGUGGGAGGAGAGGGAGGAGAGCGAGGAGGGUGGGUAUUACACGGGCCAGGAUAAUCCUUUUGGCGGUGAAUCGUAUGGGGAUGAGGACCAUGCGUACGGAGGUUCUUUGUUCGGGGGAGCAAGGAGGGUGAGGAAGCCGGUGAAGGUGCACUCGGAUACAGGGCGGUUUGGUGCGGUGGUGUUUGAAGUGGACAGGCAGAGACUGGCUCGUGACAGGGCAGCAUCGGGAGGCGGAGGAGGCAGCUGGUUUGAAGGGGUCAAGCUGAAGCCGACAGAUGUAGUGCUUCUCUCCACCGUUGCUCCCACCGAGCCAAACGAUCUGCUGCGUGCAGGCGUGCUGUAUCUUCUCGGCGUGCUUCUUCCCGACCGAAACGUGACCGAGGGCAUUUCUCUUCCAGGGCAAGACGGAGCACAGGAGGGCGGUGGUGGGGGCGAUGGGAGCAGCAGCUACUUCAAAGCGAAGAUCUUUCUUCCGAAAGAGUCCCCUGAGCUGAAAGGUCUGGAGGAAGCUUUGGUGCGGAAGAAGAGUGAUAAGGGGGGUGGUAAGGAGGAGGGUGGGAGUCAGGAGGUUACUUGGUAUGUGACUCUACUGGAUACGUUUGCCACGCCUCAGCGCAUUUGGGAUGCUCUGCACGGGUAUUUGGGACAAGAGGAGUGGAGCGAGAUGGGGGGGUCGAAGAGAGAUCAGAUGAUGAAAUUGAUGCUGGAGGAGGUGCUGUGUUCGGAGAGUGGGAGGGGCAAGAGGGGUGGAGCAAAGCGACUCACAGAAGAAGCAAGAGAGCAAAUUCUGAGAGCCUUUCCUCCAGCCAUAACCAUAGCCCCUGACGUGGUUCCAGAGCUCCUGCAAGCCGUGGGGGAUUUCUGCCAUGCGCGCGGCCUCAACCACCCGCAGCAGGCAGCCAUUCUCGCCUGCCUCCGUGGAUUCCUCUCCUCUGCUGCCUCCUCCCCAUUCGUCUCCUCACCCUUCCCCUCCUACUCCUCCUCCUCGCAAUUUUCGUCCUUCUCCUCGCCACUCGACAACUACUCCUCCGCGUCUCGCAAACUGCUGCAGCUGGUGCAGGGGCCGCCAGGCACAGGAAAGACGCACACGAUCUCGAUUCUCCUCUCCAUCGUGCUUUCUCUUGGGGUACGCACGCUCGUCUGCGCGCCUACCAACGUCGCUGCAGCUGAAGUGGGCCGGAGAAUGCUCCGUCUCGCUCUCUCCUCCGAUCCCUCCUCGCAAUUCGCAGGGUACUGCCGCGAGCAGCAGCAGCAGCAGCAGGAUUACGGGUGGGGAGGUAGGGGAGAUGUUCCUGUGGCGUUUGUGAGAGGUGGGAAGCUGAGGGUUGGGGAUAUAGCCCUGGUUGCAAAUGAAGACCGGCUGGAGAUUGAUCCUGAGCUGGGGAUGAUCCUGUUGGGGAGCGAGAGGAAGGGCGGCGGCGGGAAAAGCACGUUCAGUGGACGCAUUGGGAGGCUGGUAGGGGCCCUUUCCCUUCUAACUGGAUGGAAGCCGUCUUUUUCAAGCCUGCUUUCCUUCCUGGAUAUCUCAUGGGAAGCGCUCAACCUGGAGUUUCAAACCGAGCUCGAAGCAGAGGAGGAGCGGCGGAAAAAAGAAGCUGCUUCUGGAGGCGACCUUGGCAGGGGCAGUCUCGACAAGAAAGGUCCGAAGAAGCCCGCCCCAUUCCCAACCCUUGUAACUCACCUCCAAAAGCGUAUCGAUUUCCUGACCCAGCCUGCGAUGGAAGCAGCAGUCAAUCUCGCAGAGGACCUGCCAUCCGCUCUUCUUCCUGAUAAUCAACGGCUGCUGCUUCUCCAGGCGUUUGAUCUCAUGGCAGCGCUGCGGCAGCUUGUUAGGGUUGCUGGUCUGACUCCUGCUGUGGUGAAGACAUGGUUGGAAGGUGCCGGUGGGCUGGCAGGAGAGGAAGGGGGAGUGGAGGAAGUGGUUGAGGCGGCAUUUGUUCUGCUUGGUCUUGGUGUUAGUGCUGCGGGUGGGCUGGAUGGUGAUUCUGCUACAUGCACUAACGCCAAGCUCGUCCUCUCCACUGUCUCCUCCUCUGCGCGCCCUCUCCUGCGCUUCUCCACCCCCUUCCCGCUGCUGCUGCUGGACGAAGCAGCCCAGCUGGUGGAGGCAGAGAGUGUGGUGGCCCUCCAGACCAAGGGGCUGCGCUAUGCUGUGCUCGUGGGCGAUCCCAAGCAGCUGCCCGCCACUGUCAUGAGCAAGGUAGCAGUUGAGGGCCAUUACAACCGCAGCUUGUUCGAGCAGCUGCAGGGCAACGGGUGGGAGGUGCACAUGCUGAGCGUGCAGUACCGCAUGCACCCCGAAAUCAGCCGCUUCCCCUCGCACUGCUUCUACGAGGGGCGUAUCGAGGAUGGUGCCAAUGUAUGCCGCCCGGCUCACAGCCCGGAGCAUCUGGAGCCUCUCUUUGGCCCGUACAUGUUCAUGCAUGUGAAGGGCGAGGAGGAGAGGGAUGCGGGGGCGGUGGAGGGUGGCUCGCGCAGUAUUGCGAAUUUGGUGGAGGCUGUGGUGGUGCUGGCGCUGCUCAAACGACUCUCUGAUGCCUGCAAGGGCACAGAAGCAGGGGCGCGCACAGGCUCGCCAAUGAAAGUGGGUCUCAUCUCGCCAUACGCGCUGCAAGUGGAGUACUUAAAGCGAGCGUUGGAGUCCCAGUCGUGGCCGCACCUGGCAGUGGAGGUGAAGAGUGUGGACGGGUUUCAGGGGCGGGAGUGCGACGUUAUCAUUGUCACCACUGUGCGCUCCAACAUGAACGGCAGCAUCGGAUUUGUGUCCGAUGCGAGGCGGCUGAACGUGGCCAUAACGAGGGCGCGCUACUGCAUGUGGGUGGUGGGCGAUCGGGAAACACUGCAGCGCGGCGACACCACGUGGGAGCGCCUGCUGGUGGACGCGCAGCAGCGGGGCUGCCUGGUGGAGGCACAGAGCGAUGCAAAGCUGCGCAGAGUGGUGGAGAGGCGUCAGAUGGAGCUGGGAGAGGUGGAGCAGCUGCUGCUGCCCAACUCCGGCCUCUGGGACUCGCUCAUCUGGGAGGCGACCUUCAGCCUGGAGUUUCAGCGCAGCAUGCGGGAGCUGCGCUCGCUGGACGUGAUCAACGCAGUGAGGCGCCUCAUGGGCGGCCACAGGCCGCAGCGAUCCACCAGGCCACGGCACGAGCUCAAGGACCCACGUUACUAUGACAUCAUUCACGUGCAGGCCGUGGGCAGAUACCAGCUCGUUUGGACCGUUGACGUCUCCCGCACCACCUUCAAACAGAUCAUCCGGGUGUGGGAUGUGGUGGAGGAGCAGCACGUGCUCAAGUGGCUGCGGCGCGUGGAGGGAGGCCUUGGGACCUACUCCGAUGAGUCGCUGGACCGCUGUGCCCGCUGUGACGACCGUAUCGCUCGCAAGGUGCAGCCGUUGCAGUUCCCAAAAGACCCGGGGUUCACGUGGCACAGGGGCAAGGCAUCGUCGCGCGAUGUAGCAUCUGCUUCCAACGCAGAAGAAGAGAGCGCCCUGGAGCGGGCGCCAGUGGACGAGAGCGUCCUCCUAAUGAAGUUCUACCAGCUGUCUCUGGGGUCGGCGCGGCAGCUGCUGACAGCAGCGCAGGGCGAGCUGCCCUUCGAGGUGAACGAGCAGGAGGCGCUCAUUGUGCACUACCCGGGGAGCCUCUUCGUGCUCGGUCGGUCUGGCACUGGCAAGACCACGAUCAUUACGCACCGUCUGUUGCGCCUGGAGCGGGUGUUUUUGAGAGCCAUGGGGGAGAGGGGUCGGCUGGGUCCUGCUGUGGAGAUUGGGAAGGGGAGUGGAAGGGGAGGAGGAGAGGAUGGAGGUGCGCGUGCAGGGGGUGGAAGAGGAAGGGGGGAGGAGGUCGGUGAUGGGAAGCGGGGUGGAGAGGAGGCAGGGGAGGGUGGGGAGGGCGGGAGUGUGGGGACGCUGAGGCAGGUAAUUGUGACUCUGAGUCCUCGGCUGUGUGCUGCGAUUCGGCACCACGUGCACAAAGUCAGACG